AACUCCGAGAUAUCUCUUUUCGAGACAAACAUUCGUUUCAUGGGAAGUCUGCUGGCUUGUUACGCUCUCACCGGGGACGUGAUGUUCCGGGAUAAGGCGGCUCAACUUGGCGAACGGAUGUUGCCUGCUUUCCAGACGGAAACCGGAAUUCCUCAUUCUCUCAUCAAUCUCCACACCGGGGCUAGCAAAAAUUACGGCUGGGCGAGCAGUGGUUGCAGUAUAUUGUCAGAAAUUGGCACGAUGCAUCUGGAAUUCAAUUAUCUCAGCGAUAUCACCGGCAAUCCAGUUUACAAGAGCAAAGUGGAGAACGUUAGGAAAGUGCUGAAGAACCUGGAGAAACCGAAAGGACUUUAUCCGAAUUAUAUACAUCCGAGGACCGGAAAAUGGGGGCAACAUCACAUGUCGUUGGGAGGACUCGGCGACAGCUUCUACGAAUAUCUGCUGAAAGCUUGGCUCCAAUCCGGCAAGGAAGACGUCGAGGCGCGUCAAAUGUACGACGAGGCGAUCGCUGCCAUAGAUCAACACAUGAUCAAGAUAUCGCCGGGCAAGCUGCUCUACGUGUCCGACCUGAAGUACGACAGGCCGGACCAUAAAAUGGGGCAUCUCGCAUGUUUCGCUGGUGGCAUGUUCGCGCUGGGCGCCAAAACCAUGGAGAACGAUCUGUCCGACAGAUAUAUGACGGUGGCCGCUGGUUUGACCAACACGUGCCACGAAUCCUACGAUCGAAGCGUGACCAAACUCGGCCCGGAAGCUUUCCACUUCAUCGAGGGUAACGAAGCGAAAAGUUUAAAGAACGGCGAGAAAUACUACAUCCUUCGGCCAGAAACCUUCGAAUCGUAUUUCGUGAUGUGGCGGCUGACAAAGGACCAGAAAUACCGGGAGUGGGGAUGGGAAGCGGUCCAAGCGUUAGAGAAAUAUUGUCGUGUUCCUGGAGGCUUCACCGGGCUUCACAAUGUUUACUUGAUUGAUCCGCCGCAGGACGAUGUUCAACAAAGCUACUUCUUCGCCGAGACGCUCAAGUACCUCUACCUGCUGUUCAGCAACGACGAUCUCAUAAGCCUGGACGACUGGGUGUUCAACUCCGAGGCGCACGUGCUUCCCAUCAGGGGCAACCCCCUGUACCGGCCAGCCCCCUCUUUAUAAUUCGAAAGGAAGCCUCCUCACCACCGUGCGACCAAGUGACGACCCAUCGGCGACGGAUAGAGAGAGCGAGAGAGAGAGAGAGAGAGAGAGAGAGAGAGAGAAAGAGAGAGAGAACACUGUCGUGACCGAUGAACCGAGCCCUUCGUCGAACGCGAGUGAAGACUGAACUCGGCUCGGGAACGCGAACAGGAAAUAACCAAAAAAUAGAAGAAUAUACUGGGAAGAAUGUAAAGAGAAACGAAUGAGAAAAAGCAGAAAAAAGCGCGGGGGGGAUAACAGAGUUGAAAGAUGCAAGGAAAAAUGAAAAAAUACAUAAAAAGUACCAGGCGAAAAUUCGGCAGUGCACGGCAGGGUAUAUAAAGUGAACUAUAUUCGGGGGGCUGGGAGGGCGGGAGGUGGCAAAAGACAACUGUAAAGCAUCGGCAUUUGUAUCGUUUACCGCGGGAAGACAGAGCAGAGGGACGUUACGGACAAUGGGAUUAGCGAAACGAGAGGGGGAUGGAAGCGGACCGACUGAACGUGGACACGGGAAACUCGUCGCGAGGCGAGAGACGCGUCCGAGGCGUACGGGGCCACGUGUCGCCGCGGAUAACACAGUUUAAAAUAAUUAUUUUAGGUAAAUCGUGGUACUAUAGGGGGGGGGGGGAGAUGAUAAUGGGACGUUAUUUAAAAACAACACACACACGGUACACGUACGUUUGUAAAUAGCGAGACGAAGAGAGAGAGACGACACAGGUGAGCGAAUGUUGCAAGGAUACGAUAAUAAAUAAAUAAAUAAAUAAAUAGUAGAGAGGAGUGUAAAAGAGCACGAAUGCGGCCGAGGACUUCGCGUCGAGAGAGCGAAUACAUUUUCUCUUUGCCCGAGUGCGAGUGCUUCGACCAUUAUGUAUUCCUUCUUUUCGUUUCUUUCCGUUCCCUUGUUCUUUCGAUUUUCAUUUUUGCCCGCGACACGAUACACGGUCCGCGCUCGUUGUCGGAUGGAACGCAUGGAAAACCAUCGUCGGUCAGCGUUAUUGGCGGUUACACGAGCUCAAUUAAACGGUCUUCACUCUUUCUCUCCUUCUUACUCUCCUUCCCCGCCUCCGUUUCCUCCUCCUCCUCCUUCUCCUCAUCGCGUUCGAACCGAAAACGUGGCACGCCGAGACAAAAAAA